AUGGCCACUGGUACCUCCACCCGUCGACGUGUGGUUCGCGCUUGUCAACGAUGUCGGACGUUGAAAGUUGGCUGUGACAAGGCGAAACCGGCAUGCCGCCGUUGCAUCAAGGCCGGUGCAAGUUGCGUGGUACGCCACACUGGAAGCAAUGAGAGCGAUAGAGCAUCUACAAAUGGUGAUACUAGUAUUCUGACGGAGGAUCUGGAUGAUUCUCUGCGGAACAGGGAUGAGCUCACCGGCAGCACCGUAUCCAACGAAAAUGGGUCCUUUCAUUCCCCAUUAAGCUACCACCAAUUAACAUCUCACAAGCGCAAUCGCAAUCCCGUAUCUUGUAUUCGUUGUCGCCGAUUGAAAGUCCGAUGUGAUCGGCAGCAGCCAUGUCACAGGUGCACAAAGGCAAAAGCAGUCUGUGCAUAUGGCCAGUCAAGCGGGAUUCACCAUGAUUCUGACGGAGAAUCUUUUGCGGACAACUCGAGUGCUGCCGCUCGCUUUGCCGCGUGGAGUGGCCGGUUCCGGACCGACACUCACUGGAUAACGCUAGUCAGGGAGGUUGAAAACUCUCUAUCAGCACAUGGUUCCGGACUUGCUCCUCACAGCCAUACGAGUCAUUCCAAUCGACCCGAUAUAUUGUCGGAUCUUCCGUGGGGACUGAAAAAAGUGGAAUCGAAAAGCGUACUGCUAGAGCGCAUGCCGACUCGAGUGGUUGGAGAGAAAUUGAUUUCCAUGUAUAUCGACGUUGUUGAAAAGACGCACCAUUUACUGGACCUCCCAGCAUUCCAGCAACAAUUGCUGCUCUUUUGGGACCACCCGGUGGAAGCUGAAGAUGGCUGGCUUGCCCUACUUUUUGUCAUUUUCUACCUCGGCCAAGAAGCCCAUCGUACCGUCGCUUGUGGUUCGACUGACUUACUCUUAAGCGUACCUCGAACCGAGUUCUUAGAAGUAUCGCAGGGAUUCCUCCAUCGCACUUCGUUUGUUGCACACCCGAAUCUCGACAUCAUUCGAACUCUAUGCCUCAUGGUCGUUGCGAAGCAGAUGGUGCAAAUGUCUUGCUCCGCGAUGGAUACUUCGUGGUGUCUAACGGGAUUGAUAUUGCGCAUUGCCAUGAGCAUGGGUCUGCACUCGGCACAAGUGGAUGACCCGAGGCUGGGAAAGGCUGAGCGACAGACGCUCAGCGUUCUCUGGACGUCGAUCAUGUAUCUCAACCUCCGUCAGUCGGUUCUGACGGGAAUGCCAAUCCUGCUCCGGCCGCGAGAUUACAUUUGCGCAUCUCCUCCCAGCAUCAACGGCUGUCCUGACAGAGCUCUCCCACGGCUGAAUCUGGAGGAGGAGACAGAGACCUUUCAUGGCCUUUUCAGACGCGCCGUCCCACUCGCAUCUCAAUUAUUGGACCUGAGCCACGGCCCGACUCGAUCAGAAACGUACGAGGCUAUUAUGCACUACACAGCGGAGACCAGACACUUGCUGGUCCAUGCAUCAGAAACACUACGAAAAUCCCACCCGACGACUGGCGAAGCCCGGCAAGCCAUCAUGCUCGACAUUCUAUUCCGCCGGCUCCUCCUGUCCGUCCACCGUCCUUUUGCCCACGAUGAACGUGCUCCACUCCGGUAUCCUCUCUCGUACUGGACAUCCUUAGACUGCGCCCUCGCGAUCCUUGUCCACCAACGGGACCUCUGGGAAGCUCCCGCGGACAACUCCCCGGUCAGCCGGUCUUUCGCCCGCCUCUUCUGGCCAGACUUCCUCGUUGCGGCCCUCACGCUAUCGGGGUACCUGCUUCGAGCGGACACGCCGCUUGAUCCGCCGCCGAGCAGCGGGUACGGUGGCAUGCCCGCGCGCACCACAUUGCUGGAUGCACUGCGCUCGUGCAGAGACAUCUGGCAACUAGAGAAAGACAGAAAUAUUUGCCAUUCGCACGCGUUUGUAAUGAUUGAUCGCGUUGUUUCAGCUGUUUCGGCUUUGGAGGAGACAGGUCCCGAUAGUAUACCGGCCUUGAACCGUGCUGAUGUCGAAAGCGCCAUCGAUGCAGCUAGUGCUGGGGUCCACUGA